AAGUAGUAGCAUCUCUAGCUUACCAAGCUGUCAAGCGGUAUUUGUCAUUUGCGUUUGACAUUUAAGAAAAGACGUCACGUCACGUCAAAUCAGUUUUCCAAAAAACGCCGCGCGGGGAGAUAACUUGUGAAUUGCAACUGUGAAAGAUCUGAUAAGAGACUUAUUUGCAUCUUAUUCGGGUCGUUACAUAGUUUUUUUGUGAUCAAGAAACGCUACGUCAACUAGCUAAGAUGGUGUUCCAACGUGAUCCAACGAUAGUGGGAGUACCGAACUUCAACGCGACGGAAGAUGCGGCGGCGCUCCGGGCUGCCAUGAAGGGCUUCGGAACUGAUGAGCAAGCCAUCAUUGAUAUCCUGACCACGCGCUCCAACGCUCAGCGUCAGGCCAUCUCUAAGGCUUUCACCCAUGAGUAUGGGAGGGACAUAAUCGAGGACCUAAAAUCCGAACUCGGCGGUCACUUCGAGGACGUCAUAGUGGCACUCAUGCUGCCCCCCGAGGAGUACCUGUGCAAGGAGCUGCACAAGUGCAUGGACGGGCUGGGCACGGACGAGCACACGCUGGUGGAGAUCCUGUGCACGAGGACUAAGCAGGAGAUUGCGGCUAUCGUUGAAGCUUAUGAGAGGAUGUACGACCGUCCUCUAGCUGAGCACAUGUGCUCGGAAACGUCAGGCGACUUCCGAAGACUGCUCACCCUCAUCGUGACUUCUGCCGUCCGCCAGGGGGCGCGGGACGACGAGGUCGGCGUCGACGCGGAGAAGGCGCGGGAGGAUGCACAGGCGCUGUACGACGCGGGGGAAGCCAAGUGGGGGACUGAUGAGGAGGUGUUUAACCGGAUCCUGGCCCACGAGAGCUUCGCGCAGCUGCGUCAAAUCUUCGAGGAGUACAAGAACAUCUCCGGCCGCACCAUCGAGCAGGCCAUCAAGGCUGAGAUAGGAGGAGAGCUGAAGGAAGCCCUCUCUGCUAUCGUGGAGUGCGUCGAAAAUGCUCCCGCGUGGUUCGCGGCGAGGCUCCGGAAUGCCAUGCAGGGUGCUGGCACGGAAGACCAGACCCUGGUCAGGAUUGUGGUGUCGAGGGCUGAGAUAGAUCUGGGCAGCAUCAAGACGGAGUACGAGAGGCUGUAUGAUAAGACCCUCCACAGUGAUCUGUCGCAGGGCGAGACCUCCGGAGACUACAAGCGGGCCCUGGUCGCUCUGCUGGGACCUGUCUAAGUGGAAGAUUGAAGAUAUGAACAAAUGGACAUCUAAAGAGCAUCAGUAUUUUGGUGUUGGGUUGUAUUCUGAAGUUAGGACGGAACUGGCUCUCGCUUAGUUUGACGUCUGUGUGAGAAUUUAAGCAUCUAAUGAAACUAUUUGCUGAAAAUCUCAGGGCUCUUAGAUCGACUAAUUAUUUGAAAAGGCACGCAUCAUGCGCUCUCACUAAUUAUAUGUAUAGAAUCAUUUACAAUUCCGUUUAUAUUAUGCACAAAAAAAGACGCAAAAAUGUCGACAAAGACCUAUCAUAAGCGAUAGAUUGUAAGAGGAACGACAAUGAGAGCCAGUCAAUUUUGAUAAGGACAACGUGCAUUAAAGAAGAAAAACAUAGAACGUCUGUGUUGCCAACAUAUUAUUCCUACCAACUGUUAAUGCUCUUUAGCGCUCCAUUUGUUUAUUUAUUUAAAUACCUAAGCUUCUGUGUGUCGUGCAGCUAGAAUAAGUUAUGUGUACUCGUUACGUCACUUGACAUAGUUUGCAUCGUUCCGGUAUUUUCUGCAGCUGAUUAUUUCAUUAAUAAAUUAAAUGUUGUAUUCGGUCGACGGACCUAAAACUGUAGUGCAUAAUAUUUAAGAUUAUUUGUUGUUUUAAUUUAAGCUCAAAUAAGCAAUUCUUGCGAGUUCGCAGCUGAUUUAUUGAAUCAAACAUGAUAAUAAUUAGAAAUUUAAUCUCGAUUACUAUGAAAAACAACGAUAUUAUUGCAAUCUCAAAAUAAACUA